AUGGCUGGCGUGGGCACGCCGGCCUUGCAGGCCAAAGGCGCCAUGCGUCAGCAGCUGAUCUUGAGUUACAAGCGGAUGCUGUGGGCCAAUACAGAUCCUAUAAACUCCCUAUUUACGAAAAACGUUUAUUUGAUGCUAUUUUUGAUGAUGGAUCCAACCGCGAAUCAGGCGAAAUGUCGGGCGAAAAAAGUUCUUAUCCUAGCCACCGCGUCUAUUUCUUCCCAAUUACCUCCUAGGAAACGCAUUUUCGUUUCUAUCAGUAUCUCUUUUAGGCUGCUUUCCAAGCCGGCAUGCAUGAAGCCUGAACUACUCGAGCGCCUGAAUACACUGAAAGGUGACCUUGACAGCCUGGAGAGGCGACUUAAUACAGAAGCUCAGGACGCUCUCGACGAAUUUGAACGGAAAAUGGAUUCUGGAGUUCGCGAUAUGACACUGACGGAACUGGCUCGAAACAGCACACUUGCCACUCAACAGUGA